GAUUAUACUGUCGCAUUUUAUUUACGUCAAUUUUGGCGUGAUAAUCGUUUAGCAUUCAAAAGUACUGAUAGAAAAGAAUUAACAAUCGGAAUUGAUUUAAUAAAGAGUAUUUGGGUUCCGGAUACCUUUUUUCCGAAUGAGAAGAAAUCAUUCUUUCAUGAAGCCACAACGCAUAACUCUUUCUUACGUAUCGAUAAUUACGGGAAU